AUGGACCUCGGUCCCUACGAGGUCACCAACGCGAAGGAGCUCCGCACCACCAGCGACCUGCUCAAGCUGCUCGCAAAUCCCGAGUGCGAUGCGGUGAAGAACAUCCACCGCUAUCACCCCAAACAAGCCAAGCUCAUGUCCGAGCUGCUGACGGAGCUAAAAACGGAGGGAAUCCCGCGAAUCCAAAGAAAAGAGCUCACGGCUUGGGAGCAAGACGAAUUCUUCGCCCAGAUCGAGCAGGCAGAUCGAAACGUGCAAAUUUUACAGCGGACACUUUAUUGCGGGCAUCUUGCAGCGUGGUACAAGUACGCAGAAAGUCAGAAGGAGCUCCAAAUUAUCCUAGAGCUGCUUGGCAGCCAACUACGAAACUCGCUCUCGCACGCGAAGCUAUCUCAACUUAUUGCAGAAGCCCGCCAGAAAGACGUAGCUGAGACCAACCAGAAAAUCAAAAGAGCGAUUACCGAUUUCCAGUCGCAGUCUGGAUACCUUGCCAAAGUUCGGGGACGGUCUCCCAUGAAGACUAUGCUCAAACUAAUUCCAGAGAUUGUCACCAUUGCCAACUCCGCAUCGCUUCCCAAUAACGCACAAGUCCGUCAGAUCGCUCAAUAUAUCGUAUGCGGCAAACUUCUCGACAAGUUUUUGAGCUCUGCCAGUGAAGAUACAGAGAUCAUUAGUCUCGCCACGUUUCCCAGCGAACCAGACUCGAACUCGAAUGGAUCCACCAUCGACACCACCAUCCCCUUUAAUUCGCUUUCAAAGCUGAUGCGCUUCUUCAAGAACUAUGUCGACGAGAAUAUCGCAGUGGCAGAAAUGGACGAACAGCGUUUCAGCUCAAUCUAUGGACCCCUCAAAUUUCGGACGAUCCGGCAGCCGUCUGGUCUUCGUCGCAUUAUUCAUUUUGUGCCAGAUUCGCUGGGGCACCUAGACAUUCUCAUCAGGUAUUGGUGUGUCCCGAGUGGCCGUGCUUUGAAGCCAGAUAAACUGCCGCUGUUAUACACCUCAACCUCCCAUGCCCAGGUCACGCGGACCUUCGUCGUCUCGCAAAUAGCCCUUGCCCGCCGCUCCGACUCCCACGUCUACGUCCAGUGGGAUGGCGGGCCUGCAAAUGAUGGCUCGGAUUCAGACCUCUAUUUGGUGGAGAAAGAUGGGGGGAAGACAUUCAUCCUCGCAACGCUGCUGGGCAACCUGAGGAGCACCGAUGAGGUUAUUCCCCUUCCACGGCACAAAGCAUCAGUCAUGUCCCUUAUUUCGCCCAACACGGAGGAAUGGCUGUCCCUGGAUGGCUGGACGGCACACGGCGUGGCAACGCUCCCUUCUAAUGACCCGCGACUGCAAACUUUCCACCACCAGAUUUUCGUCCCUGGUCGCGACUUCUCCGCUGACCAGCCACCAGCAUCCAGCACUGGGUAUAGCAGUUUGGGCUCUCAUUCAGACAAUCAAAUCUCUCGCAUGAGUAGUCGUUGA